AUGUCUACCUCCUCUCUUGCAACUACUGUCCGUCAAGAACUUAACCGCCUUUUCUUGAAUGCUGUAAUUACAGAAAAAGAAUUUGGUGACUUUCUAGCUUAUAUUUCCGAUAAUCCUGAUGAAAUACCUGAAUUGGAAGAUUCCCUCAAAUAUGGCAAUGAUAACGUUAAAGCUAUAUACCUUAGAAAUAGAUUAAAUAGAUUAACCAAACUUUUUAGAACAGUUUUUCCCGCUCUUUCUUUUAAUAGGAUUAAAACAAAAUCCACAGUUAAAUCAGCCUCACGAAGAGUGCCAAAUUAUCCGGUGGAACUAUGGGGUGCCUUUCUUAGUAACGCAUUUAAUGCUUCGUUAUCGAUUAAUGCAGAAGAUCGUAAAUUUUAUAAGCCUAAUUUCCCUCAAUUAACCAUAAAUUCGGAAGAUACAACGGUUGAUCUAUUUUUGGAAGUGGUUGGUAAAGUCAACGAUCAAAGAUUGGCUUCUCUACCAAACCCACAAAUGUGGUGCAAGCGUAAUCAAGCUCCUUUUGUCAAGGGAGAACCGGAUAUUGUAUGUAUUGGAGCCCCAAACAGUACAACGCUUCAUUCUACAAAUGAGAAUGGAGUAAGUUUGAUAGCAACGGUUGAAGUCAAGCCGGACCAACUUCUGAACAACAUCAUACAAGAAAUUAUUGAUGAACAAAGACUUCCAGGCAGUGAAAGAGAAUUGUACAAUAUGUAUAAUGUAGCAAGAGGACAGAAUGAUAGCGGUACAAAUAAUUAUUCUAAAUACGAUAAAUUAAGGAACAUUGUUCAUCAAGCGUUCGGAUACAUGGUGGUUAAUGACAGGCGAUAUGGCAUGAUUACGACACUCAAUAAAACAUGGUUUAUGUUUCGCAAAGGUGGAGAUGAAAAAACUCUUUGUAUUUCUCCCGCGGUUUCAAUCAGUCAGGUAUACACAUACUAUCAAGCUUCAUUUUGGGAGUGUCUGCGAUAUUUUGAAGAUGUAUCUACGUCAAUUCCAUAUGCACGUUCACCUUCUGGUUCUGAACCGCCAUUAACCGAUAGUGAUGACAGUGAUGAUGGGGAUUCGGACAAUCAAGAAGAUCCACCUCCACCACCUCCAUCUGGUAAAAAAGACCAGAAAAAGAAAAAGGAUCCUGAUUAUAACUCGUCACAUAAACGUAAAUUUCCAUCAUAUACAGGUUCAGGAGUGAGUUCUCGAACUCGGAGAAAGACUAAAAGCAAUGCUACCAAUAAUACUGAGUUAAAAGAAACUAAAGAGAAAGAAAUUAAGGAGGAUAUAUUACUUAAAUAUAUGAAAAACUAUGAUCGUAACCAUUUUACCUUCGGGCAUAUAUUGGGAUAUGGUCGAACAGGGAGCAUCUUUGAAGCAACACUUGGCAGAAAAACAGGUGCUCUCAAGAUGGUGGCUCUAUAUAAAGAUGGGAAUAAACUAGAAGAACUGCUUAGUGAAAUCAAGAUAUACAUUGGACCUCUCAAGGUUAUUCAAGGCAUUCACAUACCAAGACUUUUAAAAUUUGGGGUUCUUUGUGAAGCGUUUGUCUUUAUUCUUACGUCUCUUGCUGAAGAAACUUUUGCGACGAUAGGAGACAUCACCAGAAAAGAAAAGGAGUUAGCCAUUAAGGGCUUACAGGAAUUACAUUCGAAGGGAGUGAUGCACGGAGACGUUAGACUAGAAAAUAUAAUGGUGAAGAGGAGGAAUAAGGGUUCAACUUCUUGUGUGUGGUGGAUUGACUUUGGUUGGAGUAAAAUGACGGAUAAUUUGAAAGAAUUGGAUAAGGAAUUAACAGAGUUAAAAUAUUUGCUUGGAAUGGUAGGCAUGAAAUAA